AACCAUAGAUUGUGAAUGGGCAAAACAAGUUUAGAUCUGCGAUUAAGUAGCUCAGUGAACCCCAAAUGGAGGGACAAGAGUUGCUCAGGAGGAUAACGGGGUUUCAGGGAUGUGCCCGUGGGUAUUUGGUAAGGAAGGAGAUGAGGAGUGUCCAGGUGGAGUUUGAGGACAUUGUGAGAGAAAUAGAUGGAGACGUGGAUCAUCUUGAGUGGAGGGGCAGUUUCCUUCCCAUACCCCAUUUUCACGAUGAUGAUUACGACAAUCCAUUACAGACCAUUCUAAAAGUUCAAUCAAAGGGCAAAGCUGAGAGGCCAGUGAUGCUGGAGGAGCCGAAUGGAGAGAGUGAUGUAUGCCAACCAGUUACUGAAGUCCUGGUGCCUGAGAGAGAUGAAACACAGAAUACCAUACCGGCGAACGUCUCGAGAGAGCCUUCCUGUCCAGUAGGGGCAGACAGAGAAAAGGAAGAGAGCAUGUUGGGUGAGGAGGGCAUGACUGACACAUCCUCUGCUUGGAGCAGCGUGGACAUGAGCUACAGCAGCCUGGUUCUAAAAGGGUCUCAAAUACGUUCACUUGCCAGAGAUGUAGCCCACACUCCUGAAGCCCUGCAGCUGCACAGAAAAAGUUUAGCCAUGGAGUUACUCUGGCUCCAACAAGCCAUUGCCAGCAGGAAGAAAUAUCUAACACUGAAACAGAAACUGCAGACUUCAGAGUGAUAGAAGAGUGAUAGAAGACCAUA